UUCGACCCAACGCCAAGCUGCUUUCUCAAGCUGUACGCGGGGCGCCAUAAUCCUACGAUGAAACGUUUACCACAGUCAGAUGUAUAAUUCCAACAAAGCAAGAAGGCAAAUGAUAAAGACACUUGAACGCAGCACGUUGUAAGACUGCUGAGGAGAUGAAUGGAAGAGGCUCCGCCCCCUGCUCGUGGCCAGCAGCCGUUCUCCUGAAGCCGUGAGUCGGGUACAUGCACGGAUACCUCACCUCUACACCGCUCCUCAGGAGUCUACGGCAACGUCAGAGCCAAGAUGGGGCGGAAGGAGAUCAUCUGCAGCUGGAAGAAGAGCACCAGUAACAUCAAGGAUGUAUUUGACUUCAAGGGAAAAAUGGGAUCGGGGUCUUUUUCAGAGGUUUUUAUGGUGAGAGAAAAGAAAACAGGGCAACUGUAUGCCCUGAAAUGUCUGAAGAAAAAACACCUUGCUUAUAGCAACCUGGAAAAUGAAAUCAAAGUGCUGAGGAGAAUAAAGCACGAGAAUGUGGUGGGACUAGAGGAUUUCUAUGAGAGUCGAACACACUACUACCUGGUCAUGCAACUGGUGUCAGGCGGGGAGCUAUUUGAUCGCAUUUUAGACAAGGGGGUUUACACUGAGAAGGAUGCCAGCAAAGUGAUCAAACAGGUGCUACAGGCAGUCAGCUACCUGCACGAAAACAGCAUUGUGCACAGGGACCUUAAGCCGGAGAAUCUGCUGUACUAUAACACAGAUGAGAAUGCAAAGAUCAUGGUGAGUGACUUUGGUCUGUCGAAGACGCUGGAGCAUGGCGUAAUGUCUACAGCCUGUGGUACACCCGGAUAUGUUGCUCCUGAAGUUUUGGCUCAGAAGCCCUACAACAAAACAGUGGACUGCUGGUCCAUUGGAGUUAUCACUUACAUUUUGCUCUGUGGCUACCCUCCGUUCUUUGAAGAGAAUGAGACGCGUCUGUUUUCAAAGAUCAUGAGAGCUGAGUACGCCUUUCAUUCACCCUUCUGGGACGACAUCUCUGAGUCAGCCAAAGACUUUAUCAGGAAAAUGAUGGAGAAAAACCCCACAAAACGUUUCACCACUGAACAGGCGCUCAGACACCCAUGGAUUGCUGAGGAUACAGCUAAAGACUUAGACAUUUAUCAGUCAGUCUGUGAACAGAUGGAGAGAAAUUUUGCCCAAUCUAAAUGGAAGCAAGCCUUCAGUGCAGCCACAGUAAUCAACCACAUGAAGAAACUGCAUUUGUCCCACAAUGAGACCACCCCAUCCCCCCUCUCCCUGCCCAACGAUAUUGUACAUACGUCCUCUCCGGAUGAUUUGAAGCCACGGACACCCUGCCACGAUGAGGACGACCCCCUCGACCCCAAUGGGAAUCCUGUCCAUGCUGCCAGUCAUCUUUCCUGCCACCAGUCGAGCAGAGGUGUCUGUCCAGCACUGAAAGCGAGUCAUAGCGAACCUGGCAAGCCCCUUACCACCGAUGAGUCAAGAGAAGUUUGUAACUUCCAUUCAGAGAGUGACGUUGCUUUCAGGCCAUCUGAAAGCCUGGAUGCUGCGGCUCAGAGGACGGACCAGCCGCUUCAGACUGGAGUGUGUUCUGUCAUGUGAUUACUAACUGUCCUGAGAUGAAUCCUGCAGGUGAACAGGCCUCUCUCCCUGUGUCUGAAUUUCAAUGAAGGCUACACAGAUUCCCGUCUUAUACUUGCCUGUAACUAUAACUCAUUUUUAUAAAUCCUUCAAAGAAUUGUUUUUUUCCUUUUAUUUGAGUGGAUUGCACUCAGUGGCCUCCCUCUUUCUCACAUUAGAUGCACAUUUUUUUUUCAUUUCUGUUGUGGUACUCUGCUGCAGAAAACACCCCCCAUCAACAGACGUACACUACCGUUCAAAAGUCUGGGGUCACAAUGUCCUUAUUUUUGAAAGAAAAUCUUUUUUUUUUCAAUGAAGAUAGCAUUGAAUGAAAGAUAAAUACAGUCUAGCAACCAUCACUCCUGUGUUCUAAUGCUACAUUGUUUAGCAUUAGAACACCAGUGCAGACAUAGUUAAUGUGGUAAAUGACUAUUCUAGCUGUAAACGGCUGAUUUUUAAUGGAAUAUCUCCAUAGGGGUACAGAGGAACAUUUCCAGCAACCAUCACUCCUGUGUUCUAAUGCUACAUUGUGUUAGCUAAUGGUGUUGAAAGGCUCAUUGAUGAUUAGAAAACCCUUGUUCAGUUAUGUUAGAACAUGGAUAACAGUGUGAGUUUUCAUGGAAAACAUGGAAUUGUCUUAGUUACCCCAAACUUUUGAAUGGUAAUGUAUGUGGAUGACACAAUAUCUUUACUGUAACAAAGACUUUAAAUGACUGUUUAUACAGCGAAUGUCACAAAUCAACAGACCAAAGCAGAAAUUCAUCAUUUCAAAUUCCUACAUGCAUAUUUAAGGAUGUUUAUUUUCUCAAAAGUAUUAUUAAUUGUCUGUAACUGUCAAUAUGUAACUAUCUUACUGGAAUGUAUUUAUUGAAAUUAGACUUAGGUAUCAUGCAAUGCAUAACCUGAUAUAUGUUUGGGGUUUUUUUUUAGUUCUAUUUUAAGUAACUUGGCUAAACUUUCAAUUCUGAUAACUUCAGAGUAAUAUCAUAUCAUCAAUAUUGCUAAGAUAUGUAUUUAAUUUUGAAAUCAAGCACUAUAAAACAAUCUGGGAAUAUAUCUUUAACAGUAGGAAGAUGUUUGGUUUUGUAUUAUUAUUUUUCCAAUCAUGAUUAUGCGGAUGGAUUUUAGUCCAGUUUCCACUUUUCAGUAGGAAGAUGGACUCAGAAUGUUCUUUUUCUUCAUGAGAUUUAACUUUAUUUUAAGGUGGAGUCAUGGACACACAGCGGUGAGGUCUUUCUCUGAUACGUCUAUAAGCUGCUCUCUGUACUGAUCAAGUGCCACAAGCUGGUGUAAAGAUGCUGUCAACACUAGUGAUGUCAUUGAUGACUGAAUUCAUACAGUGAGUGUAAAUUUUUGUAUUAUUUUCUCAAUAAAUAUGCUGUAACUAGUC